GUCAGGCGCACGAUAAAUGUAUAGUGCGUCCGACUCGCACUCGCGUUGUCUAAUGACAUUCGGGCGCGUCACGCUCAGAAUCAUCCCGUUCUCUAUCGUACCUAGUUUCCAUAUUGGGUUCUUCAUUAUUAUUGGCCAAAUACAGCGCUGGCCGACGCCAUCAAUAAUAAGCCUGUUCUUGGUCCUCAAAUAUUUCCACAAGUUACAACAAACAUAUAGGUGUGUUUAAAAUAUCAAUUCUCAAAAAAGAUGAUGCAACUCACACUGAAGCAUUUAUUCGUGACUGCUACACUUCUUCGAGUUGGCUUUUUCUUGUUUGGCUUGUACCAAGAUAACAACUUUUUGGUGAAGUAUACCGAUAUUGACUACUUGGUUUUCAGUGACGCUGCUCGAUACGUCUAUGAUGGGUUAUCGCCCUACAAAAGAGAGACAUAUAGAUACACGCCUCUUUUGGCUUGGAUGCUUGUCCCCAACUCAUGGGGAGGGAUUUUUGCUCACUUUGGAAAGUUUCUUUUCAUGUUAUGUGAUAUUCUUACCGGGAUUUUAAUUUCAAGAAAUCUAGCGCAUUCAAAAAUAUCACAUCGGAAGAAACUCAUCUUCCUGUCAAUAUGGCUUUUAAACCCAAUGGUAGUUACUAUCAGUACACGAGGCUCGUCUGAAAGCAUACUCACCUUCUUUAUAAUGCUUUCUGUGGAUUUGUAUCUCAACGAAAGGUACGUCGAGGCCGCCUUUUGGCUCGGGUUGUCAAUUCACUUCAAGAUAUAUCCAAUAAUCUAUCUUCCAGGCCUCAUGUUAAAUUUGGCUACAAAAAGCCCGCCAUUUCCCCUAUUUCGAAAUGUUCCAGUCUUGAAAUGGCUUAACAGUAUCAAUGUCAAGUUUCUUGUGCACACUUUGAUUUCACUAACCGCGUGGAAUGUUGUGAUGUACUAUAUUUACGGGUAUGAAUUCAUAUACCAUUCAUACAUUUACCAUUUUACCAGAUUAGAUCAUCGUCACAACUUUUCUUUGUAUAAUGUGAUGUUGUAUUACAAAUCAGCAUAUCCUGAUGUCGUGAGUUUGACAGAAAUGAAUUGUUGGAGCUGGUUGGGACAGGUCAGUGGCCAUAUUGAAAAGGUUGCAUUUUUACCGCAACUAUUUUUGAGCGCUAUAAUAUUGCCGCUUUUACUAGCUCAGAAAGAUAUCAUUGCCUGUCUUUUUGUACAGACUUUUGCGUUUGUUUUGCUCAACAAGGUAAUAACUUCCCAAUACUUCAUCUGGUUUUUGAUCUUCUUACCUCAAUUUCUUGCUAAUUCAAAACUAUCGUCCCCGUUAAACCUCAAAAGGUCUUCAAUUAUGAUCGUGAUGUGGUCAUUUUCUCAGGCCUGCUGGCUAUUCUAUGCUUACAAGUUAGAAUUCUUGGGCGAGAGUACAUUUACUAUGGGUUUGUUCUGCAGCUCUGUAUUUUUUUAUCUCACAAAUUGCUGGGUCUUGGGCCAGUUUAUCGAGUACAUAUAGGAACCAAAAGUAAUUUAAUUAGCUAUUCCGGAUUAUGUACCAGGGGUGAUAAUGUUGUUUUUAGUAAUACUUUCUCGAGGCGCCGCGGAUGUGUGUGAUAGACCUGAGAGUAUUUCCGAUGUACUUAGUUUCAUCCACUGGAACCCAAAAAUAUAUAUUCAGAGCAG